UUUUGUUUUACACGAAAGAAAAAGGAAAAAAUGAGAAGACAAAUAAACUUAAGAUGAUAAAAAAAGAAAGUAUAGGGAGGAGAAAUGAAAAAAGGAGAAUGGCAAAGUUCUCUGUAGGGAUCGAAGAAGAUGGUGAAGGGCCAAGCAACCGAGUCCCUAAGCGUCAAAGGGUCGUUCUCGUUUCCGAUUUAGUCUGCCCUGUUCAGGAAGACGCAGAGCAAGAGGAAGAAAGAGAAGAAGAAGAAGAAGACGAAGGGGAAGAGGAAGAAGAGGAGGAGGAAGAAGAAGAAGACGAAUACUACGACGAAGAAGAGGAAAGUGGGGCUGAGCAAGGAGCCAUGAGCCUUGAGACUAAUAGAGAUGGGUCUAUUUCUAUUACCCUAACUGACCCUGAAGUUCUUGAUUGCUCUAUCUGCUAUGACGCCUUGACGAUUCCAGUUUUUCAGUGUGAGAAUGGGCAUAUAGCUUGCUCGAUCUGUUGUGUCAAAAUUAGGAAUAAAUGUCCAUCCUGCGCUACCCCUAUUGGUUAUAGUCGCUGCAGGGCCAUUGAGAAGGUUCUGGAAUCAGUCAAAGUGUCAUGCCAAAACACAAAGUAUGGAUGCAGAGAAGCAUUCAGGUAUAGUAUAAAGCAGAAACAUGAGAAGAUGUGUCCUUAUGCACCAUGUUCAUGCCCCCUUGCUGAUUGCAACUUUGAGGGUUCAUCAAAAGAGUUAUAUGAACACUUCAGGGAUAAACACAAGUAUUCUGCAACACGUUUUCAGUAUGAUCGCACAAUACCCAUUACCUUAGGAAUUGAUGAAAAGUUCUGUAUUCUUCAAGAGGAGCAAGACGGCUCUUUAUUUAUUCUCAACAAUAAGGUUGAAACUUUGGGAAAUGUAGUCACUUUGAGUCGAAUUGGGCCCUUGGAAGAGAGAGGUUUCUUCUAUGAUCUUGUGGCGAAAGCUCUGACAGAGGCAAGUACUGUUAGAUUACAAUCCUUCACGAAGAGCACUCCAAAACAGGUCGAUAACCCACCUUCAUUGGGGUUUCUCCUGGUUCCGAGUCAGUUCUCCUGCAAUUCUAGGAAGCUCAAGAUGGAUCUCUGUCUGCGGCGUCACGGUGAAUUUCCCUUUAUCUUCCAAAGACCCUGUGGUGUAUAAGUCAUGUAAAUUUUGGUGCAGAAACUGAUGACUGGAAUAUAUAUAUAUAUAUAUAUAUAUAUAUAUAUAUAUAUUGUAUCAGGCUUUGAUACGCUUUCUACUAUAAUUUUUGAAACCCUCUGAAAUUAUUUUA